GGAGGGCGCGAUGCUCGGCGCACGCGGCGGCUCGCGGACCUGCAAGCUCGAGACCCCUCCGCAGUAGUCGCCCGCUCUCCAGGGUACGAGCUAUGGGAAGCUGGCGCGCGGCCCUGGCGCUGCUGGCCUGGGGGCUGCUGGUCCUCGACGCCCGCUACGUGUGCUGGCAAGCGCUGCUCAGAUGCCAGCAGGAGAAGGACUGCGAGCUCGCCUACGAGCAGUACCUGGCCGCGUGCGACGGCAUCAUCAGAGGGGUCCGGCGCCAGUGCCCCAGCCACUGCAUCGGCGCCUUGGUGAAGCUCAACGAGACGAGCAACGGGCCGCACCUGGAGACGUGCGACUGCGGCCAGGACGCGCGGUGCAGGAGGGUGAAACGUGCCAUCGAGCCCUGUCUGCCAAAGCGGCACCCGGGCGACGCCUCCGGGAUCGGGUGCACCGAGGCCCGACAGCGAUGCGAGGAGGAGCCGAGCUGCCGCUCCAAGCUGAUCUCCUACCUCUCCGACUGCGGACAGCUCUUCAACGGCAGGAGAUGCUCGGCCAGGUGCAGGAGCACCAUCCAGCAGAUGCUCUUCAUUCCUAGAGGCGCCUUGCUCAACCGCUGCGUGUGCGAUGGUGUGGAGCGGCCCUUCUGCGAGGUGGUCAAGGAGAACAUGGGCAAGCUCUGCUCCGUCGGGGACUACGGAGCGCUCUCGCCCUACGGGGACGUAUACGACGCGUACGAGGACGAGGACCACGAGACGAAGUCCGACAGAGACGACUCCGGGGUCUCCUUCUCGGAUUCCUCCCGGGUAUCUUCUCACCUCAGCUUUCUGCCCGUGGUCACGCUCAUGGUCUGCUGGACUCAACCUUUUUGACGGAACGUGGAAGCUGGGGACCUCAACUCGACAAAAUGCAGCGCAAGUGGGUGGGAUGCAUGCGGAACCGGAACAAUUUUGGAACGCUUCCCUAAGACGACGUCCUUGGAAAGGGUCUCCAGUCGAAGCCAAGAACACGACCUCACGCGAAUGUGGAACGGAGCUUCACGUUCGAGAUUACGUUGAACCGAGUCCCGCUUAGAAACCCAAGAAAUCGCAUGAGCAAAGUGGAUUGUCUACUAAAUACAUCACUUAGGAGAAAAGCUGAAGUGAAGCGAAAUUUAACUCUUGACCUCAAUGGAGUAUAAAAACCGUGCACCUGUAUGUUUCCCGGCCCGAUCUUACCCCCGUCUCAUGAUGUUGUUGGUUUUUCCGCUGUACUCAGCCUUUGUUUACGCAGCUCUCCUCGGCGCGCUCCGGAGUGCCCUUUCAAACCGUCUCACUUGAAAUAUCUGGGGUGACCAGGCCAGGUUCUGGGACCAAUUACUUACUCUAAGCGAAGUACUCCUCCAGCACCCCCCACCCCUCCCUCCCUCUCUUCCUCUUCUCAACUGCCAACCUCCUGCUCCCCUCAUUCCCCUCUUCUUCAAUAAGAAGCAGGAAUCAGUCACUUCUAACUUACUUUUAAACAAUAUUAAACAGCCUAAACAAAUAAGAACGGAACGGUUUAAUUUAAUUCCAGAGACGUAAGAGAGAAGAGUCAUGGGGAAAAUUUGACUUUAUCGAAACCGAUUUAUGUUAACAUGGGUCUAAAAUACAGCCAGACGGAGCACUUCUUUAUGUUUUUGUCCCAUUUCCUGGGUAAGGGUAUUGGGUGCCGAGUUUUGCCAACCCCAAACAUUGUAUUUGCUAUUCAUUGCCUUGCGUGGUGUACUCCACUUAUGCUCCCGUGAGGAGAUGACAUUAUUUUUGCUGGGCCGUUGUACUAAAUCACGUGUAUUUUGCCUUUAUUUCUUUUCUAUCGCCUGUCGUGAGCUAACCUGAUGUUUUUCUCCAGUUUUUACCGCUGUGCUUGAUUUAAACAUUUGUUGAGCACCCGCAACGACGCGGUUAUGUGCACAUUUCUACGGAGCAUUUUUAUGCGUGAAUAAAUAUUUA